AACAACGGCCUCGUUAUAUCGUUCUCUGCAAUCAAUGUUGCUCUUGAAGUUCGACCUUUACGAAUAACUGAGACAAACAUUUGGCGAAGGAUAACAGGCAAGCCCAAAGAAAUUCAAAACUGUUUAUAACCAUUCAAAAGCUAACGAAAGUAACGGAAAAAAAGUAAACAACAAAAAAUACAAUGAGUAAUUUCGAAUUGUGUGACAAACCUCUCGACUACAUAUCACUCGCGAAAACUAGGUUUAAGUUAACCUUAAGAGAGUACCAAGAUGACGAGUACUUGAAGACUGAAUUUCUCGAAGUGAUAAUUAACAAAAACAUGAGCAAAUAUUACGAAGAAGUUUGCAAGGAAUUGAAUUGGAACGUCAACGAAGAACUGCUCGAGCAAAUGAAAUCUGCCAAUGAAACCGCAUGGCAAAAGCUGGAGACCUCUGACGCGUUGACUCCGGAAAAUUCGACGAAGCAAAAUUGGCGGGAAAAGCUGGACUUCUUCUGUGAAAUCGGCGACCUUGAUCGCGCCACGGAUAUCGCUAACGCAAUAUUCAAGGACGAAACUAAUUCAUCGAGCAUCAGAGUCGAAGCUGCCUUCGGUUUAUUUCGAUUGGCGUACGCGAGGAACAAUUGUCGUUCGAUGGGAAAAAUAAUCGGCGACAUAACCCAUUUAAUGGAAACGUCUUGCGGAUCGGCCAGCGACUGGUGCUGUCGUAACAAACUAAAAGCGUACGAGGCCAUUUACUGUUUGGCUACUCGACAUUUUCUGCGCGCCACCACACUUUUAUUGGAUUGCACGCCGACUUUCGAAUCCUACGAAUUGAUAUCCUUUAAAGACAUCAUCGAGUACACUGUGCUUUCCGGAAUGAUCUCAUUGUCGCGGCGCGAUCUUGAUCGUCAGGUUAACAACAAUGGAAUCCUGCAGCAGGCUUUACUUACCGAGUCCGUUCGGUACCGAGACUAUUUUCUUUCCUUCUAUGACUGUCGUUACAAAGAAUUCUUCAGGAAUCUUGCGUGGAUAGAGACCGAGCUGAAAGCAGAUCCCCUGCUCCAUCCCCAUUAUCGUUAUUACGUGAGAGAGAUGCGUCUAAAAGCAUACUCCCAGCUGCUGCAGGCGUACAGGACAAUUAAUUUAAGUAGAAUGGCGGCAGAAUUUGGCGUGACGGAUGAGUACAUAGAACAAGAAGUGGCACGUUUUAUUGCGAGCGGUAAGCUGCACUGCAAAAUCGACAAAGUGGCGGGAACAAUUGUUACCGUCAGCAGUGCCGGCUGCGAUCGAGGCAAAGCACCUGACGCCACCUGUGACCGUGGAUUGAAUUAUCAGAAUACGAUAAAACGGGGAGACACUUGAUUGAUAUUUAGAUCAACUAUGGCUCAUAAGUUUUUUAAGAGAUAUCCUAGGACGCUUAUUAAACGGCCUACGGAUGUCAAGCAGUAUUUUAAAUACUUGCUUGUAAUAGAUUUCGAAGCUACCUGUACGGAAUGGGAGAAAUUGAAACCCCAAGAAAUCAUUGAGUUCCCAUGUGCAGCAGUAUCUACGAAGAAUUGGCAAAUUGAGAAUAUGUUUCAUGAAUAUAUUAAACCAAAAGUACAUCCAAAUCUUUCUCCUUUUUGUACAACAUUAACCGGCAUUAUACAGGAAAUGGUGGAAACUCAACCACACUUUCCAGAAGUGUUUGAUAAAUUUAUUAAAUGGCUAGAAGAAAACAAGUACAUGGAAGAUGAGAAUAAAGCUGCCUUCGUUACAUGCGGUCUCUGGGACUUACGGAUAAUGCUACCAGAACAAUGCGAGAUAGACAACAUAACAAUACCAAAAUAUUUUGCAAGGUGGAUCAAUUUGAAAGAAAGCUUUUCCGAUGCAACAGGAUAUUAUCCUAGAAGUAUGACAGACAUGCUGUCAUUCCUUGCACUUCCUCUGGAAGGAAGACUGCAUUCUGGCAUAGAUGAUGUAAAAAAUAUGGUUAGAAUAAUACAAUAUCUACACAUGAAAUAUAACCCACCGUUUAAAGUAAACACUGCACCAGAAGUGAUAUUGAAAUAUUUAACAAAUAAUUUUAAAAUACCUGUGAAGUCUUAAGAAAGGAAGAGUUUGUAUAAAAUUUGUUUAUUCGUAAUAAAAUAUAUUGUUCAUAUAAAAAUGUAAAAUUAUAGCUAUAUGCUGACUAAUAAAUAUUAGAUAAAAGUAUUAACUUUAAUGGAGCAAUUUAC